UUUAUAUCAAAUAUCUCUGUGAGGUAAUGCCUGUGUCAACGUUGACUUGAGAAACCUGCUUUCUGCUUAGGUUUGAGAUGAGCAAUUAAAAAUAUGUAAUUUCUUGUUGUUUACCUGUUUACCACUUCUACAUUUUAACAAAAUGAAAAUAAUACAAUAGGCCUGCUCCUCAACAUUUUUCAUAAUGUUCAUGUUGUACAAUCAUUUGGUCAUGAAAUUGAACUGUUCAUUCAAUAAAAAUAGACGAUAAAUGCAACCCAAUAGUUUGAGAUCAGAGGAAAAGUGUUUCACAUGUAGGCUACUUCUUAUGCCAUUAAGCGCUAAAGGUAAACCAUCGUAUUUUUCUAUCACUGAUUACACGUUAUUGCAAUCAAAUAGGAAAUGUUAUUAUAUAGCCAAAUAAGUCCAUCUUCACAAUUUACUGAUAUGUUUUUACAGUCCAUGUCUGUACCAGGUAAUCUCUCAUGUGAAAAAAGAGGAGAGUAAAGUGUUGGAGGUUUGAGGAAGUGAGAGAACACUCACUAGAAGAAGCCUUGCUCCCCACAGUGAGCAGUCGUUUGAGCUAUCAGCAGAAAGACAGACAUACAGACAGACAGAUAUGGUUGCUUCUCCGUCAUACAAAGAUCAUGGAAGAACAGAGUUCAGAGCUGGAGAUAGUGCCUCUCUAUCAUGCGGGGCUCUGAGUGACUGUUCCAAUAUUGCCUGGCUGUUCAGUUACAAGAAUGGAGCGGCUGUAGAAUUGGUUGUAGAUGGGAAGGUUAAGUCUGAAUACAAGAAAGAAAAACUACAUGUUACAAAGGAGUGUUCUCUGGAGGUAAAGAAGUUGAGAAAGGAAGAUGAAGGUCGUUACGCCUGCAGAGAGUUCCCAUCAUCAGGAGGACCCGUUGAUCAUACACGGCAUGAAGUAAAACUAAUCACACGCACAAACAGACCAACCACAACCACAGUGAAAGUGCCUUUGCCACAUGGAGUAGCGAACACAACUUGCACAAGCACAUCCAAACCAACCACUACACCAGUGAAAGGAGCAGCCAGCAGCAGCCCAGCAGCAAGGCCCUCAACAUCAACACCAACCACACACACACUGAACGCUCCUACAGCGGGGGUCCUGCUGCGGGUCCUGGUGCUGCUGGGCUUCUCCGUCCUGACCCUGGUGGUUCUGCUCCGCCUCAUUGGCUGGUGGAGAACCAGAGGUAACAAGGCGGCAACAGAAGAGUGCAUUGGUCUGAACUCUGCCAGCGACGCCCCGCCAGCCAGAGAACGCCUCGACCCAGGGGCCAGUGACCAGCAGCAGCACACUGUGGAUAUGGACCUGGACUGGGCUCCCAGGGGCCCCUCUGUGGUCCAGCGUGGUGGGCAGAGGGCAGUAGGCUCAGCACAGGACCAAGUGGAUCCUGGUGAACUUAGCGAUGCGGCUACCUAUGAAAACAUGAGGGCCCCUCCCAGAUGUGUUGGGGACACUGCAGACACGGGCGUCCAUUUUGUCACCGUCCACCAACUGUCAAAAUGACAAACGUCUGGACAACAUAAAUGGCGUCGGUGAGAGCGGAAGCGGCAGUUGCAGCAAAUUACAUAUUUAAUGACAAUACUAGGCCAUGUAAAAAUAUUUUUUUCUUUUAAAAUAAAGUUGAGACUAUUAUAAAUUUGUAACUUUAUUAUCAAAGUUCAAUGACAUUACCAUGAGCCAUAUAACGUUAAAGGGACUCUUACCUUUGUUGCAUUUUUACACUUUUUUUGGAUAAGGUUAAAUUGGUAUUAAUAAGGUAAUAACACUCUAAUAUGCAAGACAGACCCACCAGGAGUAAAAACAAACAAUUAUUUUACUCUUAUAAUAUUUAGUGAAAACUUCAACCAAUAAAAUUCUUCGGACCGAAUGACCUUAUUGGCCGACAGACCUGUCUGUUUGCUGCAUGGAUAUAUAAGGUUUUCCGUCUGCUUCUUGUGGCGCAUUCGGGCCCGCGUCAUCAAGGCGCGUCCUCAACUAGAGGGUUUGUUUUGAUUCCACGGCAGACAGUAGCAAGUAGCGACCGUAGCGACUGACGAUGGCAGACCAAAGUGGUCCACGGCGUACUGAAACUGCACCAUUCAGUCCGAUUAGGGGACCCGUUUCGGACUCAGACGCGAAGUUGUCCCGCUACUCUGGAGCUCCAGGAAGACCUCCAGACCGUUGGCAACCAACCGCCACACUCAGUCCGAUUACGGGACCCAUUUCGGACUCAGACGCGACGUUGUCCCGCUACUCUGGAGCUCCAGGAAGACCUCCAGACCGUUGGCAACCAACCGCCACACUCAGUCCGAUUACGGGACCCAUUUCGGGCUCAGACGCGACGUUGUCCCGCUAAUCUGGAGCUCCAGGAUGGUAGAUAUUAUGACCCCUGGGAGUCUAAACAUAACCCAUGGGAGUCUAAACAUAACCCAUGGGAGUCUAGAACUUUUGUACUGUAGCGACCCUGGGACAGUUGAAUACUUUGUGUGUUAUGUGUUACAUUAUAUUUCGUUGUCCGUUAUGCCAGUUGUUCUGUGUGCAUGUAUUGUAAUUUUCUUCUUGUCAAUCAGCGUGGGGGCGAAUCAUUAGGUCAGCUGGGGGAGGGCCUUGGAAGAACAGGAGGGUGGGGGCCUGCACGCGAGUGAGACCGUGUUGGGGGUUGCCGGGGUAACCGGGGUUUGUUUUGUGUAGGUUUUCUGCCGUUGGUUAUAAUGUUACGGGUUUCAGUGACCUGGUUUUGGUUCAUUAAA